UUGGCCCCUGCUCGGCACAAGCCCUUCCCGCUGGUCCUUCCCCGGAAUAAAGUGGGAUACACACCCUGCAACAGGUAGCAUCCGUACUUUGCCUUAAACUCCUGUGCUAUCGCCUGGCUGCGCUGCUAUCGCCAUCUCCCUCUCCUCCUCGCUGGGCACGGCCAUCGGGGCAUAUUCUGGAGCUGGGUACAGAGACAUGGCCACCACGGUGCUGACCAUGAGUGCCAGGCUGGGGCGUUUGGAUGAACCUGUCUUCACGCAGCUGAAACCUGUUGUUGGGAAUAGGGGGCAGCUGCCCAGCAGAGGGGACACCUCGUAUGCGGAGGAGAUGAAGGGCUCCAGGCUGCUGCCUGAUGACAUGGUGCAGACAAGGUGUGAAAUGGACAAGUAUCUUUCACCUAAUCCAAUUCCUGUAGCCAUGAUGCAGGAGCAGAAGAAAUACAGAAGAGACAGUGCAUCAGGCAUUGAUCAGUUCUUUAAUGACGGUGAUGGACUUCCUUACAGUAUCAACAUGAAUGUCUUCCUCCCGGACAUCACUCAUCUAAGAACAAACUUGUAUAAGGCUCAGAGGCCUACAGUCACCCACAUUAAGACAGAGCCUGUUACAGUUUUCACCCAUCAGACAGAUGCUGCAGCCACUCAGCCACUUCCCGAGUUUACCAGCAUUUUCAGUUCUCACCAAAACCCAGAUCUAAAUAACAUUUUCAUCAAACAAGAGCUGCCUUCACCAGAUAUCCAGCUUUCUGUGAAUCCUCAGCACGGCCAGUUGUACCAACUGUUAAGUUCACCAGAUAUAGACUUGAACGCCACAAAUCAGACCUCAGUGAUGGACUCAAUUAGCAAUGGUUCAUUGUCCACAGAUAUAUCUGGAUUCAACACCAUGCCCUCCCCUGUAUCGCAGACCACAAUGAAGCCAUUUCAGGGCAUUCCUCAGUGUUCAUAUAACAUGCAUGGACAGUUCAUGCAACAGGAAGCCACCUACUUUCCUCCUUCACCCCCCAGCUCAGAACCCGGUAGCCCAGAUCGACAAGCCGAACUUCUCCAGAGUUUAAACCCACCUCCUUCCUAUGCAGCCACAAUUGCUUCCAAGAUGGCAAUCCACCAUCCAACCUUACCUACACCUGUGCAAAUGACACCUGUGACUGUUCAGCCAGUUCGCUACAACCGCAGAAACAACCCUGACUUGGAGAAAAGGCGAAUCCACUAUUGUGAUUAUCCUGGUUGCACAAAAGUCUAUACAAAGUCAUCCCAUUUAAAAGCUCACCUGAGAACACAUACUGGAGAGAAGCCAUAUAAAUGUACAUGGGAAGGUUGUGACUGGAGAUUUGCUCGCUCCGAUGAACUUACACGUCACUACAGAAAACACACAGGAGCCAAACCCUUCCAGUGCGCAGUUUGCAACCGGAGCUUCUCCCGCUCUGACCAUUUGGCCCUGCACAUGAAAAGGCAUCAGAACUAAACUGGACUCUGCUUGAGGCUUUUCUCCACUAUGCAAUUUUCUCCAUAAUGCCUCAUUGCUGAAAUAUAAUGCAGACAGUAAUAAGUCACCAGUAAGGUGAUUGCAUAGGAAACUUAUCUCCGUUCUGAUAUGGACUGCACCUGCAUGGGAGAGGGGAGGCUGACAAGAGAAACUGGAAGUUUUGUAUGAGACUACAAGUGUUCUCCCCCGUCAAAGAAUCUUUGCUACAACUUUCCUAUUUUCUGUUCUUUCCAGUAUACAGUAGUUGGCAGUUGUCAUCUCAAUUCCAGUUAUUUACAUCUCAACACACAUGGGUUUGUAAGGUUGUUUAGUAUUGUUUUGACCAAAGCACUGUCUUUAUUGUUACAGUGUUUAGUAAAUUAAAUGAGAUCACCGAUGACUGCACGCAAAGGACAAGUCGUAAAUAGUGUAAGAAAAAAUAAAAAAAAAACUAAUACUUGAGCAUGCAAGUACAUUUUCUGUAUAUGUGUAUUUUGUUUUUAACUACAAUGUCACCACAAUGUUUUCUCUGCAUUGUUUCAAAUGUGCCUCCCCAUCUGCAGUUAACACUAACAUGACUUUAAUGUUAUGGGUGCUUUACAGCUAAGUAAAAAUAAGCCUUUUACAGCUAACUACCAAAAUAUUUAAUUACUUUUCGGGAGAUUAAUCAAAGCUUGGAGAGAGAAAGUACCAACCAAUCAGCUCCCAACUGUCAUUUUUCAAACACUGUAAAAUGAGAAGUUGAUUGUUAGUACUCUCGCUCUCCAAGCUUUAAUAAAUCUCACCCUUUGCCUUUAAAAGCUGCACUGACUUUUCUAUAUAUCUUAAAAGAAAAAAGUUUUUACAAGUUUUAUAAAAGAGCAGUUUUAACUAGUUUGUAUGUAGUUUAAUAAGCUAAAACUAAAUAUUGCAAGUCUUCACUGAAACCCCCAAGUUUCUAUUAGUCCAAGUGUUUCAUUAUUCAACAUACUGUUUGCAUGUCCCCCUGACAUGCGUAGGAGAGACUGGCUUACCUUGGUUCAUUCUUCUAGAAUUCAUUUAGAAUCAUUUGACUGCAGUGAUGUGACAUAAUAACUGUCUCCUUGCAUCUCAUGAGUGCACUGACAUAUAUAUAUUUUUUUUUUAACUGGAUAUUGUAUUCCUGUGAAUUUUAGAAGCCAUUUUUGCACUUGAUAAGUAAGGGGUUUUUUUUUGUUUGUUUUUUAAAGGAUUUUUCUUUUACCUUCAAAAUUAACAAGUAGGUUAUCAUUUCAUAUAUCAAUGCUGAAAACUAAAGCAAAAAUAUUCAUCAUGUACGUGAUAAUUUGUUCUGCAAUGUUUUAAAAAAACAACUGUUAAUGUACGCAGUAAUAUUUAGAAGUUACUAUGCAGUUUACUUACAUAUACAUACUUGUAGUAUAAUACAUAACUGUAUAACUAAAAAUAGAUUUGAUGAAGGUUUGAUGCAGCAAAAAGCAUAAAUUGAAGGAGAAUGAAAAGAUAAAGGAAAAUGGAAAGGGUCUCAUUCUUUAAAAGUGCUGUAUUUUCUUGUCUAUUUAUUUUGUGGUUCAAGUUGGUGUUUUUUUAUUUUGUAAGAUUGCUACUGUAUUUUAGCUACAUUUGAUAAAUUAACUUUAUUGUAGUCCUUCAAUUGAAUUUGUAAAUACAUUACAAAUGUAAAUAAUUUUGUACAACACUUUAAUUGUUUAUACAAAAAUGUGCACAUGUUUUGUUGCUUUAUUGUAUUUUUAUAAUUAUAUUUAGAAAAAAAAGACUAAUUACUGUUUCCAAAAGAAAUUGGUAACGUCCUUGUACAUACUGAAAACCAUAAACUAAAGUGCCUAAAAUGAUCAAGAAGUUGGUUUUUGUUUAGUUGAAUCAUGUAAUAAUAAAACUACAUAUAAUGUUAUAGCAUGCAUAUUAAAUGCUAUCACAUUAUUAUGACUGGAUAACAGACAAAUAUAUAAAAAAAAAAUUGUCAGUGCACAAUAUAUGUUGAUACAUGGGCAGCAUGGUUUGUGUAGUUAUAAGAACUACUAAGCACUGACAUUCUGGGUUCUAUUCCCGACAUGGUGCAAACAGUGUGUAGUUUGCAUGUUCUCAAUUCAUUUGCAUGGGUUUCCUCCAGCUUUUUCAGUUUCCUACAACAGUCAAAAAUAUACCGGUAGGUUAAUUGGCUUCUGACAAAAAAAACAAAACACAAAACCGUCUAGUGAAUGUGUGUACAUUUGGUAAAGAAUAUAGAUUGUAAGCUCCACUGGGGCAGGGACUGAUAUGAAUGACCAAAUAUUUUAUGUAAAGUGUUGGAAUAUGUGUGCUAAAAAAAGAACUGGUAAUAAAUAAAAAAAAUACAUUCUUGCUAA